AGUGGGGAAAAGAAAGAAGGAAAGGAAGAAGAAAGAAAAAGCAACUGCUGGUUGUGACUUUUGAAACAGGAGGUCAGAAAGCACGGGGCUCCCCUGAUAACGCACACACCCUGUAAACUUUUCAGCAGCACCAUGGAAACUUCAUAUUAAUGCUGCAGUCAUUAAGAGACACAGAGGCCAGCAGAUUUAUUAGUGCGGCCGACCACAACACAUGUCAGCCCUCCCGAAACAAAGAGCUCUGUCAGCUCUGCUGCUCUGUUUGGGAUGGGUGGGAAGCCCCAGGAUGGAGAGAGGGGUUCAGGUCAUGGGGAAGUGGCAUUGACUCCGUUAACUGGUGUUCCCCUUUGUGGUCAGCAGAACCCUGAUGCAAUUUGUUGGCAGUGAAGGUAUUUGGAGCCUGGGGAGGUACAUGGUUGGAUGAGAUGGAACCAUGGUUGGUUGGGAAGAUGAUCUUAAGAGGUCUUUUCCAGUCUUUAUGAUUCUGUGGUUAGUUGGAUGGGAUUAUCUUAAGGGUUUCUCCAUCUUAAUGAUUCUAUGGUUAGUUGGAUGGGGCUAUGUUAGGGGUCUUCUCCAAUCUUUAUGAUUCUAUGGUUAAUUGGAUGGGAUUAUCUUAAAGGUCCUUCUCCAUCCUUAAUGAUUCUAUGAUUCUACAGUUAGUUGGAUGGGGUUAUGUUAGGUGCCUUCUCCAUCCUUAAUGAUUCUAUUAUUAAUUAGAUGGGAUUGUCUUAGGGUCCUUCUCCAUCCAUAGUGAGUCUAUGACUCUAUGAUUAGUUGGAUGGGGUUAUCUUAGGGGUCUUCUCAAUCCUUUUAGAGUCUAUGAUUGGUUGGACAAGGUGAUCUUAGAGAUCUCCAACCCUAAGGGUUCUAUGAUUGGUUGAAUGAGAUGAUCUUAGAGAUCUUUUCCAACCUGAACGGCUUUACGAUUCUAUGAGCUGAGCUGUUGGUGUUGGUCAUGGCAGCUCCGAGACAGAGGAUUUCCCCGGGUGCCUGCCAUGAUAAAUCAGCUGCCGUCAGCCUGAAUGAGAGCAUUCACUGAAGUUACAGUAGGAAACUUGUCUCUCGUGGACACUGUGCCAUUGCUCUGCAGAAAGCAGCCGGUGCCCAUUGCCGGCAUCGCGCUGAAAUAUCACAUUGAUCGCCGCUGCCGAGCUCGUCUGGAGGCACGCGGGGUUUGAUUGCAGUGCUAUGUGAGCACGGGCAGUGCAGAAAGGGAAGCUUAGAGAGACGCCAUGGCAAUGCUUUAAGGGUACAUCCCCAGGAGGAUUGACAGCGUUAAACUUGGCUGGCUGCUCCUACAGCCCUGCGGUGCCAAAGCAAAGUGAGUCGGCAGCCAAUGUCACUCUGCACUGGGGCAGCUCUUGGUCCCUUUAUAACCCCUGGGAGGCAGUGCCAGACCUGGGAGGCUGUGGGACGGGAGGUGCUUGUUCACACGUGGGUUAUAAACAGCGCUGAGCAGUGUCUGUUCUCCCUAUCCCCGUUGUUGCAGAGGCAGUGGGUGCGCAGGGAAGAAGCAUCCAGCACUGACCCAGUGCUGCAGCGACAGCAGCGUGUGCCACCCAACCCGGUGCGAGACGGAGCCAACAGAAGGAGGUCAACGAUGCAGUUCUUAUCCUGGUUCAACCUGCUGCUUCUCCUUCCGUGUUUCAGUACCACCAAAACCUGUUUUCCUGGCUGCCACUGUGAAGUGGAAAGCUUUGGUCUCUUUGACAGCUUUAGCCUGACCAAGGUAGACUGCAGCGGAAUAGGCUCACACAUUGUUCCUGUCCCAAUCCCACUGGAUACUUCCUACUUGGAUUUGUCCUCAAACAAACUGGAAACAAUCAAUGAAUCAAUGCUCACCGGGCCUGGAUACACCACCCUGGUGAGCCUUGACCUGAGCUACAAUAAAAUUGCCAAGAUUUCCUCCACAACCUUCUCCAGGCUUCGCUACCUGGAGUCUUUGGAUCUGAGUCAUAACUCUCUGGAAGUCCUUCCAGAGGACUGCUUCUCCAGUUCUCCUUUGGGUGACAUAGAUUUGAGCAGUAACAAGCUUUUGGAUAUAGCGAUGGAAGUUUUUGCUUCAAAGGGUCAAGGAAAACCCUUGAAUGUGGAUCUAUCCAAUAACAUGCUCAGCAAAAUUACAAGGAACCAUGAAAAGAGCAUCCCCAACAUCCAGAACUUAAAUCUUUCUGGAAACAGGCUCACGUCUGUGCCAAACCUCCAAGGCAUUCCUCUUCGAUACUUAAAUCUCGAUGGCAACCCGCUGGCCAAGAUUGAGAAAGGAGACUUCAAGGGGCUGAAAGGUUUGAUUCAUUUAUCUCUCAGCAGCCUCCAUGACUUUAGAGAGUUAUCUCCUUACAGUUUCAAGGAAUUACCAGCCCUCCAAGUUCUGGAUUUAUCCAACAAUCCCAACCUAAGGUCAUUGACUGCUGAAGUUAUCUUUGGCCUGAACUCUAUACAAGAGCUCAACCUCUCUGGGACCGGUGUGUCCUCCUUGCCAAAGACUGUGCUGAAAUACCUACCUUCUCUCAAAAGCAUCACCUUGAGGAAGAACAUACAGUGUUUUAAGACCAUCAAAGAAGGACAGUACCACCGACAAAUAGGGCUGACCAAAAAAGAGGUCCUCAGCUGUCACGACAGCCAUGGAGCCGUAGCAGCAGCACCUUAUGUUUUGUGAUUAAAGAAAAAGAAAGGGAUGGGGAAGUUGGAGUGGGAGGGUGGUGGGGGCGGCAGGGAGGGGGGGCCAUGAGGUUUGCACAGGUGUUGGACUGGGCUGGAUUGCAGCGUGCCUUUUGUAAAACUGUCAAUAAUUUAUAUAUUUGUAUAUGCCAAUACUUGAUUGUUUGUGGGUUUUAUAUACUUGCAAAUCCUCACUCGCAGGCCCCAGAUUCUACCUGGUGUGUUUGGGGGCUGCAUAGCUCAAGAACAGUGCUGAUGGACACUGAGGACCAAGCUGGGUCUUGGGGCAGAAGAGCUGCUGUGGUGCAAAACUCCACACCCCAGACCAGUCUGCAGGUGCAAAGAUAGGCCUCUCCAAAGUGCACCCCAAAACCUGCCAAAUCCAUAGCUGUUGGCUUCCAAACCCAUUCUUCAUCCCUGUUUUUAAUUAUUAUUCCCCAAGAAGUGCCUUCUGGAUGUUGCCUUCAUUAGCAGCACCCUGUUCCUUGUCAUGCACUUUCAGUCUGAAGAAACAUUUCCAGACAAACCUGAACGCAGUGUGCUCCUAAUGUUCUGGGUUUUGCAUGAUAUUUGCAUUGAUGUGCAAUGAACACUGAGUAAGUAGGGAGUUUUCCAUUCUUUUCUUCCUAUUUUCCCAUCUCGAUCCUUUGUAUCUCAGAUUACUUUAGGACCAGCCUUGGCGAUCUCCCAUCUUUUUGAUGUUGGCGAGACAUUGACACAUUGCAAAGAAGGAGAAGCAUCUCACUUUUGCUUCCAUCAAGCAAAUUAAUUGAGAGACCACAUAGCCAAGCUUUAAAAGAAAAAAAAUAAUUCCCUCCUUCCUUUCUGGGUGAACUUGGAAGAAAGCUUUGACAAUAGUUUUCAUCUCAAUGACCUUAACCAGCCAAGAUGCAGAGGACUCCAGAGCAAACUGUCUCCAGGCUGAUGUUCCCCAGCUGAACUCAACAUCUGCAGCUCAGCUGGGAGGCAACUUCCAGAACAUGCCAGGGGAAGCAUUAGCCUGCAACCUUGGAGCAAUUUGCUUAUCAUGGGAAGGAUCUUGAGCUGUAUUUUCAUUCUAGUCUCAUGGCUUUUCUUUGUCCUUGGAGCUUUAUGUAUUUUUCCUCCACUCUGAAAUGCUGGCAAGGCAAAGGGGAGCUCCCCUCAUCCUACUUCUUCUCCAGGCCAGGAGAAAGUGGACAAAGGCAGCACAAUGCUUUACAUGAAGUUUUCAUCCUCCUCAUAGGAGCUCCACCAAUGGAGAUAUCCAUCCCAGAUCUGCCAUGCUCUGUCCUGGGGAUGGGAGGGUAUAUUGUGGAUGGUGAUCCUGCACGGACUGGUCCGUGGCUUGUUCUCCACACCCAGCCUUGCAUCAGGAGAACUUUAACGUUUUUGAAACAGGUUGAGAGAAUCACAGAAUCAUAGGAAAUCCUGAGGGCCUGUAAGGAUCAUCAAGUCUGACUCCUGGCUUCACGCACUAUGACCCAAAAAUAAGACCAUAUGACUUAGAGUGUCACUUCUUGAACUAUGGCAAGCUUGGUGCUGUGACCACUUCCCUGGGGAGCCUGCUGCAGUCCCCAAACAACCUCCCAGCAAAGAACCUUUUUCUGAUACCUAACCUGAAUCUCCCCCAAAGGAGGAAGUCCAUGAGAUAUAAACCCUGUCCACAGUCCUCCUUGGGAGUGUUGGGAGGGGCUCAAACUUCAUCUUCACACCCCCAAAGGUCUUCAGAAAUGGAAAGCAUGUUGCCCAAAGCAUUUGUCUCCAGCGAUGGUAGAAACCUGCUGAGCCUGUACAAGCCAGCCACUGCCAGGGGGCUCACCCCAGAUUCAACGCCUUACUUUGGAUAUUUCAAUCCCUCUCAUGUGCUUACACCCGUCUCCUUUUUGAUGGUGGGCCGUAAGAUAGGAUUUUAACCCUUUUUGUUAGUGUUGGGGGCUUUGCCUCUCUGUUGAGCCUUUGGAAGGUUCAACCAGCCCUCACAUUGAUGAGAAACACAGUGGUUUUCUUAAAAAGGCAGUGGGAAUGCCUGCAGGCAGAUUGAGGUCUGGAGGAGAACAGCAGCCAAUUGCAGUGCAAGGAGGGGGCAGUUUGGGAAAAAGGAGGUGGUUUUUUAGUGGAUCUUGCCUUUUUAAGAGAAUUCUUUUCUGCUGGCAGAAAAUAAAAUGUAAUUUAAGAAAAAGAAUUGUUUAAUGUUAUAAGUCUGUAUGUAGAUGCAAGGUUACAGGGAUCAUAUACUGUUAGAUUCACCGGCUUUGCACCACUGUGGUAAAUGUAAAACCCAAUGUGACAAUCCAGUUGAAGACUGCAAUAUUUCCUGGUGUAAUCUCACACUAGCUGAUAGCUGAACAAGUCUUAGCAAAAGCUGGCAAAUACCAUCGCUGUAUUAGUUUGUUUUUUACAGAACCUCGGCAGCAUUGUAAGACUUUGUGGUUACUCACAAUAUAAUAAAGUGAUUUGGAGAUGAA